UCAGUUAUUGAAUAAUCGCGUAAUCUUUACACCGCUUGAUUUAAUUCUGUGUUUUUGUAUCUUCAAGCAUUAAAUUUUACGUAUUCAACGAAAAUUCAAGAACACAUUGUUUUAUGGGAAGGUCGAGAUCCUGAAGUUUCAUAUCCUGAUAUUUUCAAAAUACUGAGUAACAAACCAACAAAUUUUCUUAUUAUUAAUUUACUUACAAACUGGUCCAGUGUUAAUCAAGCCAAUCACUUUUACGCAGCUACCUGACUUGACCCUUUAACCAAACAGACUUUUUAACCAGUCUGGUUAAGAAGCUGCAGGAAAAUAAUUUCUGGGUCCAUCUUUCUCUUUCUUUUGGUUUGCAUGUUCAAGAUUUCGAUUAGAUUGUGUGAAACUGAAUGGUUACAUCUUUGAAGGAAUAAGCCAUCUAAUGUUGACCUAAGCCACAACUUUCACCUUUCUUCCUGAGCUACAAUUUUAGAUCAUCAAAAGGAUUGGCAAAAUAUAGUUAAAAGUCUGGGUUAAAAACAGAGACAUAGAAAGAAACAUUCGGAUGGAUUUGAAGAUGAAGAAAAAAAGAGGCAGAGAGAGAUAGAUAAUGAGUGAGAGCCUGAAGAUAAAGAGAAGGGGAGAGAGAGUAGAAGGUUGUAUGAAAUGAAUGAGGGAAAAAGUUUCUCUCUAUUUUUUAUUUAAUAUCAGUCAGUUGAACAAUAAAUUUUGUGUCAAUUUUUGUAAUUUUUGUCAAUUGAAAAUAUCCACAUUUGUACCACAACAUCGCCAUUAUAUUAUCUGUUAGUUAUUGCUGGGUAAUAUACAUUAUCCAUGUCUCAACGUGUUGUCUAAUUUUGGGUGAUAACAUAUCGAUCAUUGUAAAACCCGCCAGAUAAAGCUCCUUAUUAUUGUAAGUCUUUUCACACUUACUACUGUUCUGGUUUCACCUCUUGACCAUAUUUUCAUCUUAUUGUUUGGGUUUCUCACCUGCACCUGUGUUUUUUCAUCUUUCACUUGUAUUGUUUGCUGUUUUCAUUUCUACUCAACGUAAAACACCUUUAGUGAGGAUGACAUUACCUACUACUGUUAACCAUCACAAUUCAUCAUCCUUAUCAACCUCCAGGAAUCGUAGACUUUUGAUAUUGAUCAAUCCAUUCAGUGGUUCUGGUAAAGCUCCCAACAAAUUCAAGAAAAAAGUGCAACCUAUCCUUCAAGAAGCUGGUAUAACCCAUCAAGUGAUCACAACUAACUAUAAAAAUGGUGCUCAAGAUUUAAUUAAAGAUCUCACAGAUAUUUACCAUUGGGAUGGUAUUGUCGUUGUUUCUGGUGACGGUUUACUCUUUGAAGUUUUCAAUGGACUUAUGUUACGUGAUGAUUGGCAGAAGGCAAUCCAAAUACCUGUUGGUAUAAUUCCCGCUGGAUCUGGGAAUGGGUUGGCUGCCACACUGGAUUUUAAAACAAGCUCAAAUGACACACCCGAUCCAAUAACAUCUGGAGCACUGAAUGCGGUAUUUGGUAAACCAUGUCCUGUCGACUUAGUCGAAGUUUCCCUCCCCAGACAAAAGCUAUACUCGUUUCUCUCAGUUGGCUGGGGACUGAUUUCCGACAUUGACAUUGAAUCAGAGGGACUUCGAUUCAUAGGAGAUUCUCGUUUCGUCUUAUGGUCAAUCUAUCGAAGCUUCGUGCCCAAAACUUAUCGAGGUAGACUAAGUUAUUUACCUGUCGAUAACAAAACAUUGACCAACCUGAAGAAACAUGGAUCAGAUACAAUUGAGAUUGAAGUGAAGCAAACUGGAGAUAAUAACGAAACAAAUUCCUCUAAAAGACAUGAGGAACCUUCAAAUGAUACUCACAAUGACUCUGGUAAUGUUGGUGAAAAUGAUGAUGCCUGUUCAUCACCAUCUCCAAAUCAAAAUGAUUACAUUCCACCUUUAUGGGAAGCAGUACCUUCUAAUUGGACAACAAUUGAAGAUGAUUUUAUCAUGGUACAAUCAGCUAGUCAGUCUCAUCUUUCACCGACCGUUCAUUUUGCUCCACAUUCUGAAUUAGCCGAUGGCAUCAUUUGGUUAGCAUAUAUAACCAGUAAAGUGUCCAUUAAAAAUCUUCUGCGAUUCCUGUCUUCCCUGGAAAGUGCUCGUCACACUGAUUUGCCUUACGUGAAAAUAAUACCCGUUCGUGCUUUCCGCUUAGAACCUCUCACCUCUGGUGGUACACUUUCAAUUGACGGUGAGGCCUUUGACCCUCAACCCUGUCAAGUUCAAAUUUUACCCUCAAUGGGAAAAAUAUUCAUCCGAGAUGCAGACCAAAUUUCUUAAGCUCGCAAUUUCUUCAAAUUUUUUGUUACAAAUUCUGGGAAUACACUCUCAAAAGCUGGUGGUUCCAAGAUUAAACUCAACUGACACUGAAAACUUAAAAUUUUAUACGUGAAAGAUGACUGCGAUUCAACAACAACAGCAACCAGCCGGAGGGAAAAAAUGAAGAAAAAUUAACCUUAAACUUUUCUUGCUCUUUCCUACCAUUAAUCAAACGGCAACAAUUAUCACUCCUCCGUAUUUGUGUUAUCAUGUUAUUAUGUUGCCUCUUUCCUCCUCCUUCUUAAUUUUUCUCUCUUUCUUUUUCUAUUUCUCCAUUUCUGUCUAUUUUAUUCACUAGACUUGACCAUGUUUGGCAACAAGGAAAAACACACAAAGAUUCCUGGUGAAUUGAAACACUGAUGAAACACACUCACGAAAAGCAAAGUGAAUAAAGGACAUAAUUAUAAAUAAAGCAUAGGAAUCACAUUUAUUAUCAAAUGUAAUUGCAAUAGUUAACUACACAUGACUUUCUUGUUGGACCUGUUUUGUUUACACAAAUCAACCCUCCUUCAACAACAAUAUUCAUUGCAUGUGCUUUUGUUGCACACAAACAUCAUCUUUCCAUUACAGUUUCAUGUUAUCAAAAUCAUCCCCAUCAAUUGAAGCAUUUUUUGGGUUUCACUCAUCAUAUGGUGUACAAAAUAUUAAAUAUAUCUUUGGUUACAACCAACCUGAUUAUCGCAUGUUAAUAUACAACAAAAACAAUGAAGGACAAGAAAGCAAUAUAACAUUGUUUUAGUCAAGUGACGUUUCAAUCAAGUUUAUACUAUGAUACAAUUAGUCUUUUUUAUUAAAGGCAAACAUCUUUUAA